CGGACCACAUCUGACCUGCUGAAAAAUAACACCCUGGAUUUUUUGGAUGGCUCCCCAACGGUCCUCUGCCCGCUCCCUCCCCACCUCCCGCCGCCCACCCAGUUCCCGUGCCCCGGCGGCCCUCUCCGGCGGCCAGCGACCCCAAGCCCACACCCAACACCAGCCUCACCCGCCGGCCGGCCACUCCGGCAGCCAGCAGCCAGAUAAAGCCUCGAUUUCUUGCUCUUUUCGUGAAGGUCAACUCAGAUCUCGUUCAAGUGGGGACGCUCCUCUCCCCGGUCGGUCCCGCCCUGCGUCGGUGGACCUGGAAGAUGACACGGACGGAUGGAUCCAGGUCAAGAACCGUCGUCGUCGCCGUGCUUCUUCCGCCUGUGGCCACCUCACCUACCCUCCAAAAGUUACUGCAUCUUCCCCAAAGAUUCCGCGGUGGCUCGCAGGUCGUUGCUUCAAAUGCCUAGGACUUGGGCACUUCAAAUCCACCUGCGAGGGCGAGGUCCGCUGCAUCACCUGCUGGCGCAGCGGCCACAUCGCGCGCUGCUGCCCCUCGUGCUCCUCCUCUGCUCCAAGCUGCCGCUCUACCUCACCAAGGGGCUCCACCUCCACAACCCACCCUCCGCCGCCCGCAGAUUCCAUGGAGCAUUCCCCCCCCCCCCCUUGCUGAUGUCUCCCUGGCCCAGGUACGCUACCCGCAGGAGAGACAUACCCAGGGCGACCCCGUUUUGCGGCCGGCAAGGGGACGCUGCCUCAUCUCCCGCACACAGGGCAUGGCGGCGCUUGAAGCUGACUAUUGCAACCGGGCACUUCUGGCCACGGUCCAAGGAGGGCGGCCACCCGUCUCCACUGAAGCCCUCGUGCAGGCGAUGGAACAGACCUGUGGGGUCCAGCGCCGUCACUCCCGGGUCGAGGUAACCUUCCCUGCCGAUUUCUUCAUCACCUUUGCCUCCGCGGAGGACUGCACGCGGGUGGUCGAGCGCUCCGGGAGUUUCCGCUGCGGCGGAGCAACUAUUGGGUUCCGCAGGUGGCACAGGAGCUCGCAAGCGACUGGCUCGAAGCUACAGUUCUUCACCAAGCUGGGCAUUGAGCGCAUGCCGGCGUAUGCGUGGGAGUGGGAGGCUGUCAGCCAGCUCGUCAACAACCUCGGCGGCCAACUCGCGGAGAUCCUGCCCGCCACGGACAGAUGGUGCAUGACGCUCACGGCUUGGAUGCGUAAUCCGAGCGGGGUGCCAAAGGAGUUCGAUUUUGAAGUGCCUGAACCUUGCGGGCCCCCUGAUGCGCAUGUGUUUUUGGACGACCCGGCUUCGCGACUGCCCCCGCAGGCCCCGACUUUCAGGCGCACCCUGGUCCAUCCUCUCAUCAUCCAUGUGAUUGAGGUGGUUGACCGAACCAUGUCGCACAUGGACGUGCAGCGUGAGUCCAUCGACGGCGACGAGGAUAUGAUACGCAAGCAUACAUACCCAUGGUGGGGCGGCAUGGUCAACGGCACGGGGCGCGGCCCAGCGCGAAGUGGCGGCCACGUUUUUGCAAACCCAGGGAGGGACAGCACAAGUGGCGGAUGGGGAAGGUCACGCUCCCGCGGGCUCCUGCCUCCGGCGGGCGGUAUGCUGGUCGCGCAGCACCUCCAGGGAGGCCAUCCAGUGACACCUACCCCCCCGGGGGCCCCCUCGUCCACCUCGGCGGCGCUCACUGCCACCAGCUCUGCGACACGCGCCGUCACGCCCACCCUGCCGCCACAUCGUCAAGGUGGCCUGCUCGCAGAGCCCACUCCGGGGACAGCCUCGGCAUGCUCAGCGGCGCACACGCCAAUAGGUUCGGCGGCGCUCGGGCUCACCCCACCCUCGCUUGGGACAUGGUCGACUACCUCCACUGCUGUAGGAUCGGCGGCCCUGGCGCCCACACCACCCUCGCUGCCUCUCCGACGACCGAUGCCGCUGAUGCUCCAACGGCAGUCUCCGCUCUUUGGCUCUCCGGUGCGUCCGCACUCCCCGCCGCCGGCGUCCCCAGCCUCGAUGCCGCGGAGUGCACCGUCAAAAGGCCUCCCGGAUGCCUUCUUGAAUACGGUGGGGCACAGCGACAGAUCAUCAGAUCAAAGAGUGCUGGGGCAUGUGUCAAUUGACAAAGGUGUCAAGCGGGCUCUGCUUCCGUCCCUGUCCCAGCCUAUGGAUGUGGACCUCACCAACAGCGCUUCUACAGGGCCAGGCUGUGUGAGUGGCCUAUCAAACGGUGGAGCUCCUUCUGCUGAUCAAGUCCAACGCGCGGUGAAGGUGUACACGAGGAGGAAGAAGCAAGGAGGCCGCCCUCCUGCAGGGCCUCGCCCCAAAGAGCCGAGGGAGGUUAUUAUCGGUCCCCGCACGGUGCAAGAGACAAUCAAGCAAGGCCUUUGCCUCUCUCCCGAGGCCUCCAUUCUGGGUCCCCGCCCAACCGCGUCUGCCCCGGUGAGAAGAAAGAAGACCAUACCUCAGGAUUUCACGCCGCGGCGGAGCGAAAGACUGAUCAAGAAGGGAGAUGGCAAGAGCAAGGGCCCCUACCAUAAUGCACAAUGUGUCCUAGCAAAGCGCCUUGGCUUGACUCAAGAAGAUGAAGAGGUCACGGAUGAUGCGCUGGAGCAGUACCUGAAGCUGUUCAACAAGCCGCUAGCACCGCAGCACCUGCGUGCCAUCGCUGCUCUGUUCGUUCCCGAUGAAGUGGAUUUUGAUGAGCCAGCGUACUCAGGCUUUCAAGCUUUCCUCCCGCCUGAGGAGAUAGAACCGUGUGCCUGA